CACAGACACGCCAGACCCAAUUUGACAAUCAGCACACACAUAAAGUCGUGUUAUCAGGAAACUGACUCACUCGGUUUGUCGUCAGUAUUCAAAAUGGCUGCGAAUAUUCUCUUGCCCUUAUGGAUAUUACUUAGCUGUAUUAUAGGUGCGCUUGCCGAAACUUGCUACGGGACCUACGAAUCAAUCACCUGUAUUUUCGGAUGUUGUGAGCAUCCGUUGUAUGUUUACUGCUGUUUGAGUAAUGGAGCUGGUAUUGGUAUCAUCUGCGCAUGCCUGGCAGUUGUCCUCAGCAUCAUAGGCGCAUGUUGUCGACGUUCUUAUGCAAAUAACAACCGGAGACUUCCACCUGUGAUGCACACGGUCGGGACGACUUCCGUUGCAGUGGUUGGGAGCACCCAGAAUCAGUACGGCUUCAGUAACCAACACAUGGUGUCACAAUUUGAUCCACCCCCCUACCCGGGACCCGCAACAACCCCACCCUAUCCGGGACCCCCUGCAGCCUACUCUAACAAGGUGUAGCACACUACUGAUGAGUGGAAGUGUCAAACCCACAUGGCUAAAGGAGGAAUGCUGACUGCACGGCGCUGAACGCACGUCCUUGGAAUAUAAUCAUCAAACGGGUCUUUUCUGGAAAUGAGAUCAAUCUGAUUGACAUGUAUAUAAUACACAAAAUGUAAUGUUUGACAUAUAUUAAAUGCUUUGUUAAAGAAAUUCAUGGAUUUAUAAUCAUCAUACAACUGCUUACCAUACAAACUAAUGUUUUACAUACAUGUAAUAUUUUGAUAAAUAUAUUUAUCAUAAAUAUUAUUUAAGAUCUCAUAUCUAAACACAAGUGUCGUCUUUAUGUGUUCAUAGAACGCAUUUAUCACAAUAAAAUGAUCUUUAUAAAUA